CACUCUUACAUGCUAUUAAUCAUACCUAAUAUAAUAUCCUGUUAUUAAUCACGUCCAUGUUCAAAGUUCCUAUAUAUCCAUAGCAUUUAGUUCAGCAAUAUGGAAAAUAUUUUAUGUGAAGAUUAUUCUGUUAAAAAACAUUUGAUGAACAUUAAGCAUCAGUUGUUAAAUGUCGAUUCCGAACACAAUAAAAAAAACAUGAAUAGUGUUAUCCCGUCACCAACUAAACUAGAAGAUUAUAAACAAGCCUAUAUUAAUCAUCUAAACGAGAAUUCAUUUAUGGAUGACAAUAUUUGUCGCGAAUCAGAUGAAUCAGAUGAAUAUGACUCUGAUUGCAGUUUAGGGUCAUUAAAUUCUUUGUAUUUGAGAUUAAAGAGUACCUCUAAAUUUAUAGAUUUAAAUAUAACUGAUAGAGUUGGUACGAAACAACUACAGCCUAUUUUUAAUUUAAGUAAAACAGACGGUACUCCCGGGAACAGUGAAAUCGCAUCAUUUAAACCAAAAAAUGAUAAACAUAUGAACAUCAGUCACUCAAACGACAAUAUUUGUUGCGAAUCAAAUUCUGAUUGCAGUUUAAGAUCAUCAAAUUCUUUAUGUUUGAAAUUAAAGAAUUGCAGUACAAUUAAUAAAGUCAGUACAAAACAAUUACAUGAUACUAUUUGUAAAUUGAAUAAAACUGGCAGUUUUCCUGAAAAUAAUGACGCCAAAGAAACUAAUGCAUCUAAAAAAAUAAUGGCUUACGAUAGAACAAAACCAAUAAUGAAAUUGAGCACAACAAUUUUUUACGGAAAACAGAAAUCAACUUCUCAAUAUCCUUUUACACGAUUAUCUCAUGAAUAUUCGUUUAAAAAAAAAUCCUCAAAUUCAAAAAUACUUAAAACCAGAAACUUAGUGUCCAAACUUAAAUAUUGCACAAAUAAAUCACGGAUUUCAAAAAAGAAACCGAAACAAAGAAAACAUUUAAGUAUUCAAAAAACAUUAUCUACAAGUGAAAUAUUUUGGGAAAAUAAAUAUUCAAUUCGGUCUCAAUUAAAAGAACAUGUUCCACUAUUACAAUUAAGUAUUAAAUCUAUAAAAAAAAAAGUCAAUUCAUUAACAAAUACUACUGAAAAUCAAUCGGCAAAUGAAAUAGACUUUAUCAAUUAUGAACAUUUAAUAAAAAAAGAAGAUAAUUUAUCAUUAGAAUUUAGUUAUGUUGAAAAUCAAUCAAAUAAAUCAAAUAAUUUUUUUGUGAAUGAUUUUAUGGAUACAGAUGAUUUUGGAGGUACAAAAGAAAUCGAAAAUAUAAUACAAAAACUAUUUGACAAUGAUGAUUCGUUUAUUGACAAUGAAACUAAUAAAUGGUGGACAAAUGAUCGUGAUUAUGAAGAUGACGAUGAAAUACAAGAUAAGUAUUUUUUAUUGUUUAAACAAUUUAAUAAUUAAAUUUUUAAUAGAUAGAUUUUAAUUAGUCAAUUCAUGUAUGAUAUUUACAUAUUUGAUAUUUUUUCACUAUAGGUACUUACGUAUGUUAAGAGUAUUUUCAAAAGAUAUUUUAUUUCAAAUUUUAGUUAAAAUUAAUUAUCUAAAUUACAAUAUAUUUUAUACAU